AUGGAGUCGUAUACACUUUUUGGUUUUAUGGCAAUUCUUGGAGAAUCCCUCAAAAAUUUCUUAAAACAUGGGAAGCUCAUGGCUUCCAUCACCUUACUCAUCCUUUCUCUUCGCUCAUUGCUCUUCUUGGCAAACACUUUCUCCAUUAAACCAUUGCUCAAAGAUCUUAUCACUAACGCCACCUUCCUACAGCUCACAACUCCGGGUACCUCUGAAUUUGCAAAGCUUGUCACUGCUGUGUGGCAAGAUCUCCAAGUCUUUGCUGGGUUGGAAUGGAUUUUCAUUGUUACCAUCUAUGUCACAUCCUUAUUCUGUGCCGCAACCACAGUCUUAGCAUCAGGGGUAACACAUAGAGGAAUAGACAUAUCCAUCAAAGAAUUACUAUUGAGAGUAGUGAAAUCAUGGAAAAGACCUUUCAUUACUUGGUUUUACAUAGCUUUGUUCGAGUUAGGCUAUGGUUUCCUAACAUGGGCAACUCUCAUUCCCUUGGUGCUGAUUUUUCCAGAUCAUGUUACUUUUUCUGCAAUCAUAAUUUUCAUUCUAGCAGCGGUUUUCCUUAGUUACUUGGCUGUUGUUUGGAAUUUAGCAUUUGUGGUUUCAGUACUAGAAGAAAAAUGUGGAAUUGAUGCACUAGGAAGGGCUGCGGAGCUAGUAAAGGGCUUAAAGUUAUGUGGGUUUUUUCUGAAUAUUGUGUUUGGAAUACUAUCCUUGGUUUUGAUUCCGGGUUUUAGGUUGGUCAACAGCAAACAAUUAACAACAAUUAGACUAUCUAUUGUGUUACUUUCGGUCAAUUGUUCGUGGCUGAUCAGGAUGUUUGCAUUGAUGGCGUUCACUGUCUUCUACUAUGAGUGCAAGAAUAACCAGGGAGAAAAAGAGAUUGGGAGCUUGGAAUACACUAAGCUAUCCACUGCAGCACAAGUUAGUACAGAUAUACCCUAA